AUGGCGGACCACGAGGAGGAUGAGCAACUGAAGAAGGAGUUCCAUUCUUGGUCGCUCAAAGAUGAUAGGAAGGUUUGCGACGACAUGGCACAUAAUAAGGAAAAACUUGUCGAACGCGUAAAGGAUACGGAAGACAAACUAAACAAAGUAUCCUCUCAUGUAGAAGAACUGUCUUCAUACGUUGAAAAACUAAACGCGAUGAUUUCAACAACGUCACAAGCGAAAUUCCUGCAGGAAGAUAUCGCUGAAGAAAAACUGCAACAAGCUCCUGUUGAAGAGAAGGUAUCAUCAUCGGAGCACGUUGUUGAGACAAUGGAAACACUAAGGAAAGCUAUUCAAGUCGGGCUUUCCACUGUUGAACUGUUCUCAAAGGAAAUUGAAUCUGUUUCCAUGAUGCCAGAGUUGAUUGGUGUAUUCCCACCUCUCUCCGAUGCCCAAGAACCAUCUACUCGUACCCCGGUGUGCGAUAUGGCCAAGCAGAUCCACACCGGAGUUAAUGAACCGGUUGCAGCCGUACCUGGUGAGAAACUCAUGACCGAUUUCGAUAAUUCGGAAGUAAAGCACGAUACUGAAGAUGACAGUUGUGAUCAACGUUAUGAUGUAAAAUCUGUUGAAUAUCCUUCGUUCGAAGGCCCACCGCUGGUUUCAAGUGCUCCAGGUGAACUGCCUGGAGGGAGCAUGGAAUCUUUGGCAACAACCAUUCGUUUCGUCGCGCUGAACUGGCGAACGCUAUCGAAUGAACUCCAACAUGCCGCUCUAUCCAGACUUCUGCGAUGUCUCUGUGUGCCUUUGGUUGCAUUGCAUGAAACACGCAUGAGAAAUCGCCCCGUCAUCAGCAUAGAAAAUUACACCAUAUACUGCAGCGAUGCCAAUGAGGAUAAAGUAGGUGGCUGCGCGAUAGUUGUGAGGAACGAUUACAAGAACCUGGUGGUGGAAUUCGGCUCAACGUCGUCUAGAUGUGCCUUUGUACGACUGCGGGAUCGCAGAGGACGUGAACUCUGGAUCGUAAGUGCUCACGCACCUGCGGAAACUGCUGAGGACAACACUAAGGACACAUUCUAUGAUGAACUCAAAUCGUUGAUGUCUAAAAUACCAAGCCAGCAGGUGGUCAUUGUCGGAAUCGACGCAAGGGCGAAGAUAGGGCUCGAACAGCAAUCCGAUGUGCUAGGAAAAUGGUAUUAUCCAGCGGCGCACACGUCGGACAACGGUGACCGUCUGGUCGACUUGUGCGAACAGACGGGCCUCAUCAUCGCUUCCACGUUUAAGAGGAAUCAUCAACGCCAUAAGCUCACGUGGCAGGGAUACGGUUUCACAAGAGAAACCGCGAAAAUCGACAUAGCAGGUCUGAAAAACGAAGAAUGCAGAACGAAAUUCCGCCAACGUAGGUCUAUUCAUGUUGGAGUAAGGACCAGAAAGAAGCUCAGUGAUGCAGAUUCUUUCACAAAGUGCAUCUAUGACGCUACAAGAGAAACGUUCCCGAGUCUAUUGCCGCGGAAGAAGUUUGCCUUUGCAUCUGCGCAAACAAAAUCCACAUACAAUUCUGUAUGUGUCGCGUGCAGCGCUGGUGACUUCAAUCAGGAAAAGCGUCUCAGAAGGAAGCUGCGUCGUCAACUGCAACAAGACCGCGAUAACGAGUGGACGUCAAGAGCGAUGGAGUUUGAAAAGGCGUGGGAGGACAAGAACCCACAUCCUGUCCUCAACACUGCCAAUGGUGUAGCUGUCAGUGAAACAACUCUUCCAAUUUGGAGGGAACACUUCAAGACCGUGCUGAACCGGCAUGCACCGUCAGCUCCUGAACUCGAGCGCGUUCAUAGACCGAAAUGCGGUUAA